AUGUCGCGAAAUCCGGCCGGGCUCGUCCUUACACUCUUGCUCGCGGUGGCUCAGCUCGCCUGCGCCUCAUCUGGCGACGAUGCAACUAGCCCUCAAGUGGGCGAAAUGUCUAUUGUUUUCCCGCAAAACGACACGUACGCCGUGGUCUCACCGUUUCCCGUCAUUUUUGGAUACCAAAAUGCGCCCGCGUUAUUAUCGUAUAAUUCAGAGCUGUCGUGGUCGGUUCAGUGCGCACAAGGCGCCCUCUACGGCUCCGACACUGUUAACGGUUACAAGUAUGCCGACGUGCCGUCCGGCGCGUACUACAUCCUGAAUUCGACCAAGACACUGCAGGAUGCUCUGCCUAGUGGCAGUAAGGACCCCAAGGGCCCUUAUGCUAACUGGCACGGCACAGAAGAUACUUGCUCCUUAAGCUGGGAGUUUCACUAUUGGACAGUCUGCUCCAAACAACCCAACGAUGCGACGCUGAUCCAGUCCGGUGUUGGAAAGAGGUCUGGCAAAAUGUAUUUUACAGUCCGAGUCGGGGCCAAGCUGCCAAGAGAUGCGAUUCGCGAUUACCAGGGCUGUGCGUUGAAAGGAACAGCCGAAAAAGUUGCCAAUAGUUCAACUGCAUGCCCCGACCUUCUUACGCAACCAGAGGCGCAGCCUUGUAACCUUGACGUCAGGGCAGCGGCCAGCAGCCUUGCGGGCGCUGCAGUCUCGCCAACCACGACGUUCACUGGCACGCCAACCUCGACCACAGCAGAGGCGACUACCAAGACAACAUCCUCUACCGACCCGCACGAGUGCAGCGAUGCAUACCUAGUUCAGACUAGUUUCCCGCGCUGGCGCACGGGAUUUGUUCCUCAAAUAGCUUCGAAGCCGAGCCCUCAUCUCGAAGAGGUCACAACGCAAGCCAUCGGGCUGUGCCAUUCAAAUUUUCUUCGUUAG